AUGUCCGGCGCGCAGAAAAGGAAGAAGAAGAAGGAGAAAGAAGCGGCUGUGAAGGAAGCCGUGGCGGAUAUGGAGCGUUUAAAGCUUGGACCGACGAAGUUGUGGACGGGGUUGGUGUUGCAUCAUAAGGAUGUUUUUGUAUCGCAUGUGAUUUCGAAAUUGAAUAGGACAGAUCGGUAUUUCUUUUCGAGAGUGAAUAGAGAGAGUUCGGGUGUGCUUGCGUACGCCGGGUUGAAGGUAUCGGAAUUACGUGCGAUGGUUCACGAAUGCACAUCCAUUUCGACGUUGGAAUGGAUGUGGAAUAACUUUCCCUGGGGAAAGAAAGAUGACGAAGGAAACGUGGCAGAUCAAGCAAACUUUUGCUAUCAAGUAGCUACAACGAACAAACUCGGGUUGCUCAAGUGGGCGAGAGAAGUGAAACAUUGCGAGUGGAAUGAAUGGACGAUUAGUUGGGCCGCAUUUAAAGGUAAUCUCGAGAUGUUAAAGUACUGCUUCUCUAAUGGUUGCCCGUAUAAUGAAAAAGAUGCGUGUGAACUAGCUGCUUUUAAAGGACACCUCGACUGUCUUCGAUUUCUUUUCGACAAAGUGAAACCUUCGCGAGAUACGGAAAGAUAUGCGGCAAUACAAGCAGCAUGCGGUGGUCACGUGGACAUCUUGAAAUAUUUCGUUGAAGAAAGAAAGAUACAUGAGGAGGUAAAGGGCGUGUGCGUGGCAAAUGCUGCAAGGUUUGGUCAUUUCGAUUGCCUCAAAUACUUAAUCGAAGAGGCGAAAGCGCCUCUUGACAGCUGGGAUGUCAUCGCUUACGCUCGUUACCACGAGCACUCCGAGUGCGAAAACUACUUGCUCGAAAAAGGGUACCCAGAACCAACGGACGAAGACUACGCCAGAUUUGCCAAAAGUCAAAGAGAAUAA